AAAGCAGCCACGCAAUACGGAUUUAGAACGGGUCAGCAAUGUGGUAAAUUACCCUCGUGUAAAAAAUUAUUCCCGGGUCAAAUAUAGAACUGUCUGUUUCAUAGUAUAAUAUUGCUGAUAUGCAAAUAAACGAAUCUUUUUCACCACGAAUAGGCUAUGCAAAGGAAAGCAUGUUUUGAGAAGGAAUGUUUUGUCAAUUUUUGUACUAAACGUCAAAAUUUUACAGGGAAUCCUGUCUUUUAACUUAUUUACAAUUUGAAAUACCUAGGAUUAAUUUACUUCCCCUUGGAUUAAAAACCAUACAACAGCAUGCGUUGAUAUCUUUGAUUCUGAAAACCAAUAUUCAGAAGUGCGUCAGCUGAAAAACGAAUAUUUGAAAAAUGCUCCCUGAAAUAUGACCACAGUCUGCAUAAGAUCAGAUACCGAAACGGCGAGAAAACAGAUUCUAUUUUGCUCUGAGGAAACACUGAUCUAGAAUAUACCCUGACUGUACAUGAGAAUGGAAAGAAGAGUUCUUGUUUGCCAGAUUUUGUACUGUCUUAUGAACAAGUACGCCACCUUAGCGUGUAGUUACGACGAGGGCUGUUAUGGUGAGUCUUUCUGCUGUAAUCAGUAAAACAGAGACUGACAACAACGUGGAUCAUUGAAUGAUCCACGUUUUAGCGUUUGUGUCUUCUAAUCUACGAUUGUCCUCUAUUAAACACAAGUGACACGUUGAAAAACUAUGCACCAAAUGAUGUUUCCCGUGGGAUAGUACAUAAAAAUGAGAUAUUACAUAAGAACCAGCUUCUGUUAAGUUUGAUUUGAAGGUCCGUCAAGCCCGUCAAAGGUUCGACUCCCAUUCAAACCUGAAUUUUUUUUUAAAGGCUUUAUUCAUAGUCCCACAACUAUACUACAAUUGUUGUCGUAAAUGCAAUCAUAUCUCUUUUAUCAAGAUCUUUAUGUCGCAGCUCAAGUGUAUGAUGUUGUUUCAUUCCCUUCAUUGGUUUCUCUAAUAACGGGUAUCAUUGCAUUGGCCACUUCCCAGAUGAAUGGAUAGCUCAGUAGUCAUGUCUCAGAUCCCUUAAGCUGUCUACAUUAAAUGAGUGUGUGACUACAAUGUUCUUUCUUCGAAACAGAAUGUUACCAUAAUUCACAUUGUCCAAGUGGACACAUCUGUCAAGAUGGGUAUUGCAUUCGAUUUGACACAAGCAAUGAUUCCUCCAAGAUCUCGUUGUCAAGUAACACUAUACUCAAUGUGAUUGGAGCUAUCGCAGCCCUGAUAUUUCUCAUUUGUUGUUGCGCGAGGCAACGACAAAAUGAAAGAAAUGAUAACGUUAACACUACGCUUUCGAUUGUCACCAUGGAUAGAAGUUCCACAGCAAGAAGCGUCCAGCAAAAUAGGAAUGUUCGAAGUGAGGAAAUGAGCUCAGUGAACGAACAGCCGGAACGCGUAGAAUCGCGCACACAUCAAAUCUCUUCUCUUGUCACAAUUAGUGGCCCACAGUCAUACAGUGAAGUUGGACAUGAACCAGAAGCACCUCCACCAAGCUACGAAGAAGUCAUGAGGGCUUCACCGGAGACUGUUAUCCACGAACCCGCGAACAAGCAACGGCUUGUGGUUAUGGAGAUCUAUGUUGGCACUCCCAAAUAA